AUGAAACCCUUGAAGCAAGCCUGUGUGACUGUGCACGGUCACCUCGUCAUUGGUGGUGAACCUGAUGGUAAGCCUGAUGCCAACAUCCAAUUCGACAGCUGCCACAACGAGGGCAAGUUGUCUUUUGGCGGGGCCCUCCACGUGGUGAAUGGCUUGACCAUGCGAUCCGGCUUCGUGAUGAUCCAGGACAGUGACUCAGCAGGUGGUGGGGGCCUCUACAUUCGCGGCAACGGGCUCCAUCAAACGGGUGGGAAGGUUUUGCUGAAAGACUGUGGCUCGGAUGGCUCCGGCGGAGGCCUGCUGAUAGACUCAGAUGAUGGUUUUCAGCAGGAUGCUGGUGACAUCAGCUGCAUAGGGUGCGCCGCAGCUCAGCGUGGGGGAUGCAUGGCCAUCACUGGCCGUGCAAUCAUCUCUGGCUCCGUCGACGUGAAGAACUGUUCAGCUGACUUAGGUAAGAGCCCGGCGUGGUUUGGGGUUUUCCCUGUUGAAUCUCACAUCGCCCAUGUGUAG